AUGUUCCGUACCCAAUCCGCAACUUCGAUAGCUCGGCGGGCUGUUCACCAUACAAAACAAACGUCCAUCUCCGCCGCACAGCCUACCCUCGCACGAUGCUUUCGACAACCGACAAGACGAUUUGGGACCACUUCGCGGUGUGGAGAGGACAGGCCGUCGUUCAAGGGCCAGCUAUAUGAGAGCACACAACAGCGAUUGAUCAGAGAGCGGGCAGAGCAAGCUCGAUAUGCUAGAGCUCAACACGACACAACUCCAGGCAUUCGUGCUUUUGCAAUGACAGUGGUGCUUAUAUCCGCAUCGUUGGGCUGCUACUAUCUUGGAUCUCUAAAACCCGCCAGUAUUCCCACCACCUCCACGAGUCCCCUGGCUGCUAUCCGCCCUCCGCGACAUGACACCUCUCCCUCAAACCUCCAGGCCGCAUGGGCAGACCUCGUAGAGAUCGUCGGUAAGGAGAACGUUUCCACCGCGAACCACGAUGUCGACGCCCAUGCUGGCUCAAAGUGGUCAUCCUACGCUCACAAGGAAAAUGAAAAGCCAUUUUUGAUCGUAUACCCCUCGACAACCGAAGAAGUUUCUCGGAUCAUGAAAAUCUGUCACGAACGACUUAUUCCGGUAACGCCAUAUUCCGGUGGAACUAGUUUGGAAGGGCAUGUUACAUCUACGCGAGGGGGUAUCUGCGUUGAUUUCCAGCGUAUGGGCAAGAUACUCGCUUUGCACAAGGAUGACUUGGACGUGGUGGUUCAGCCAGCAGUGGGUUGGGAGGACCUGAAUGAAGAAUUGGCUAAACUGGGUCUCUUCUUCCCUCCAGAUCCUGGCCCCGGAGCGGAGAUUGGCGGGAUGAUUGGCACUUGCUGUUCGGGAACCAACGCGUAUCGUUAUGGAACAAUGCGAGAAUGGGUUGUCUCGCUAACAGUCGUUCUCGCCGAUGGAACUAUAAUCAAGACCAGACAACGCCCGCGCAAAUCAAGUGCUGGAUAUGACCUGACGAAACUCUUCAUUGGCAGCGAAGGUACCCUAGGCCUGAUCACGGAGGCAACUUUAAAAGUGACAGUCAAACCCAAAAGUGAAAGCGUCGCUGUUGCUUCCUUUCCGACUAUCCACAAUGCAGCUCAAUGUGUAGCCAAGAUCGUAGCAGAAGGAAUCCCCCUUGCAGGCAUUGAAAUUCUGGAUGAUGUUCAGAUGAAAUGCAUCAACGCUAGCCAAUCUACAAGUCGGACAUGGAAAGAAUCACCUACACUAUUUCUUAAAUUCACCGGUACACCCCUGGGCAUCAAAGAGCAAAUCUCCCUCGUGAGGGACCUUGCUGUCUCAACGAAAAGCCAAUCAUUCGAAUUCGCUCGAAAUGAGGAGGAGAAGUUAGAGCUCUGGAGUGCAAGAAAGGAGGCUCUGUGGAGCAUCAUGGCAAUGAAACGGAACCCUGACGAUCGCGUGUGGACGACUGAUGUUGCUGUCCCCAUCAGCCAGCUUCCAGAUAUCAUCGAGCAGACUAAGGAGGAUAUCGUAAAGCAUGGUUUGCUCGCGGGUAUUUGCGGCCAUGUUGGGGAUGGGAAUUUCCAUGCUAUUCUUCUGUAUAACAAAGCGGAGCGUGAAACUGUUGAAGGUGUCAUUCAUCGCAUGGUCAAGAGGGCCGUGGAAAUGGAAGGAACCGUGACUGGCGAGCAUGGUGUAGGUCUCAUUAAACGUGACUAUCUUCCACAUGAACUUGGUGAAUCGACAGUGGACGCAAUGCGAAGGUUGAAACAAGCUUUCGACCCGCUAUCACUUUUGAAUGCCGAUAAAGUUGUCCGUAUAGAGCCACCAAGUCCCGGAGAGGUCAAGCCAUGGUAG